AAGGGCUGCUGUUCGAAGGCUACAAAAUGGAAUCCGAUGCCGCAGACACCACAGUGUUGGAGAUAGAAGCGCCUUUGAAGAGACAGAAAAGGAAAAAGAAGAAGUCGAGAGACAGAAACGAAAACAAUAGAAAAGAAGAAUAUAACAUGCAAAUCAUAUCCAACGACGCCGCCAUUUUGGAGGUCAAAACGAGAGAAUGUCGAGAUAAUGAAAGGCAGUCGAACGAAAUUGUUGUCAAACACACAGACGAUAAUCACGAAGAAAGGACUCGGAAGAUUAAGAAAACGAAAAGUGGGGAAACGAGAGAACGCCAUGAGAAAUGUCCCAAAGCUGAUAGCCGAACUGAAUCUGAAAAAGUUGAACGACGUAGACGCAAAGAAAAGAAGUCUCGAAAUCUGGAAAAAGACAGGGACAUUGAAAUUAAAGACGACGCACAAAAAUACAAGUCGUCGAAGAGGAAUGACCGGAAGAAGUCUAAAGACAAGGUCGAAACUACUAGUACUAAUGAGGAUGUAAACGUAGCAUUUAAAAAACAUAAGAAUGUUCAUCGCGCGAGACAGAGAGACCGCGAUGAUGACGAAGCAUCGGGUGGCGUCGUAGAACAAAAUGACAGAACCGUCACGGUGAACGACAGGAGCGAAAAAAGACAACAUUUUCCGGCUGGAUAUCGUGACAAAAGAGUCCAAGACGGCAGGAAAGGACGGAAAAGUAGGCGACAAAACAAGAAUGACGAUGAAGCUCUUCGAAAUGAUAAAGAACGUGACAUCGAAGCGGGUGGAGAUCACGACGUGGCGCACCGGACAGAUUCCGAAAUAAACAGGAAAAAGAAUAAACGCCAUGUGCGAGAAGAUGGAGAUGUGAGAAAAACUCGAGAAAAUCGACGGGGUUCUGAGGAUAAAAGGCAACGCAAGACCCGUCGAAGUCAGCACGUGGACAACCCUCGACAGAAGGCACAACGUAAUUUAAAAGAAAGUGACGGAGCAAGGAAAAACAGUGACGAGUCAUCUCCUAGAAGUAUCUUAAAAUCGAAUGGUAACGGUAGUGAUGAAAAUCGGGCUGACACUUAUAAUAUUCAUACACAUGGACACUAUGAUAUAGUCGAAAUAGAAAAAGUAGAAAACCGUCCCACUUCGUCUAACAGUGAUGAAAAUCGGAAAGACGGGUCGGUUAAAUUCUCUGUAGUCGAAGAUGCUUCAGUCGCAAAAGCGAGACGAGAGUCAUCGCAAGAUAACACGGCGGAUGAUUCCGAAUCUUCGUCUUUCAGUGCUUGGUCCACAGGUAGCAGCGAAUCCGAGUCCGACACUUCGAAUAUACCUAGGCAAAAAGGCUCGAAUGUCCGGCAAAAACGGCGUGCGUACAAGAAAGACUCAAUGUCAGAAUCACAGUCUGAGAGCGAAUCAGACAAUUCGGGAUCCCUCUCCGAAUCCGAAUACACCACAGAAUAUGAUAGCGAAUCCGGGAGCGAAUCGUCGUAUACAGACUCGUCCAGCGGAUCGUCGGAAUAUGAGACAGAAACAGAAACCGAUUCUGAUUACAGUGAUUACGAAUCUGGUUCGGAAACCGACAGCAGCUACAGCAAAAAUUCAGAAGACGAAGCAGACGGAAGUCGUCGAACGGCAUACGUGAUUAAAAAGAAGAGAGAUAGUGUUGAGCACAAUCCCAUAAAUGAAAAAGACGAUUCAAAUAACGCUGCAAGUAAUAAAAGUACCACUGUCAGCAGAAGUUGUCUCGUCAUGUGAAACAAACAUUACAUCCAGUAUUCCGCGAUUAACCGACAUGCAUAACGUUCUCGCGAGAUCUGAAUACUGACAUGAUUGAUAACGUACUUUUGACAACAUAUAAAACUAACAUGAAAGAAACACAAUACUAGUAUAGAAUAUUACAAUUAUUCGAUAUAUAUGAACAAUAAUUGCAAUUAUUUAUCGUCAUUAUUAUUAUUAUACAUAGGAGAAACACUGAAACCAUGCCAAUUUUUGGAAUGUGUUAUUUCUUGUGCAAACAUCAUCGUCGCUGUAGAAAAUGAUCACGUGCACACUUAAUAAAAUAUUAAUCUGUGCAGUCUAUAACCAUUUAAACAUCACCUAGACAACCGUUCAAAUACAAAAAAAAAUGUCCAGUUACCCGUAAUGUUAUAAUUUCAGCAUAAGGUAAGCAAGCAAAAUUGUGCUCACCGAAUCAGCUGUCAUAAACAGUGAACAAAAAGUUCUCAUAAAACAGAGUCAGGGCCCACACUUUGAAACAGGGGGAAAUAAUAAACGCCAGCAGCUCCAGCCUCAGCACGCUUAGUUUGAAAGCGUGCACUGUAUCCAUCGUCCGCCCUCCCAUGAUGUAGAGACAGUGAACUGAAACAUCAUACCUUGAAACAUUGAAAAUGGAAUGUGUCAGAUUUGUUUUGAUCACAUUGAUUCUCUCACAACCCAAUGUCAUUUACCAGUAGCAAGCAUAAACGCGCCUCGAUCGGAGUUUUGAUCUGGUCGCACGAUAUGCACUAAACACCCGACUUUGACUCAUAGUAUCGUUCCAAUCAUCACUGAAAUUACCGUUAAACCAUGGCACCUUUUCUGUACGCGUUGAUCUGUACAUCAAUUUAAGUCGGCAUCCUUGUUAAAACAUAAAAUGUGCUCGCCGUUUACGACACUUAUUCUUUAUUUGAUUUGGUAAGUAACAAAAUUUAGCCGACUUUGCCAAAUUGUGCUCAACACUUUGCCCACUGCGACCUGACAUAACUUUUAUAUCAUCAAUGUUAUUACAACAGUAUAAUGUAUAUACAUGUAUAUUGCUACUUUGUACAGUAAUAAUUAAAUAAAACAAAUAA